AUGCCUUCCAGCAAGCCAACGAUCGUCAUUGUUCAAGGCUCAUUCCAGACACCUUUGGUAUAUGAGGCUCUUGAGGCUGGGCUCAAAAAUGCUGGGUAUCCGGUUGUUCAUCCGCUGCUUCCAAGUUGCACUGAUGUCGAGGCUGAUGAUUUUCCCUCCCGAACCCUGGUGGAUGAUGCCUCAGCUGUUACGAAAGCCAUUAAAAGACUUGUGGUUGACGAGGAAAAACUGGUUAUCGUCGUAAUGCACUCCUAUGGUGGAAUUGUCGGAAGUGAGGCUGUCCAAGAGAGCCUUAGCUAUUCACAACGCCAAGCUGAAGGUGAAAAGGGUGGAGUUGUUCAUCUUUUCUACUAUUCUGCAUUCAUCCUAGGGAAAGGGCAGUCAGUUCUUAGUACAUUUGGUGAAUCGCCGAAUAAUAAUGUUAAGUCUGAUGGGCGAUUCUGUAUCAAAAAUGGCGCCCCUACCCUCUACAAUGAUCUUCCGGAUGAUCAGGCUAGACUUUGGGAAUCACGUCUAAUUCCCCAAUCAUACAAAGUUCAAACGACACUUGUCGAAAAUACGGCAUACGAGGAAAUUCCGUCCACAUAUCUCAUCUGCGAAAAUGAUAAAGCGGCCCCGCCACAAUACCAGGAGAUGUUCGCUAAGAUCUCCAGGUCAGAGACUCAACAUUGCCAAGCAGGACAUUCUCCCAUGCUGAGCCAGCCUGAGAUGUUAGUCGAAAGGAUUUCAAGUAUAGCCGAGAGCUCAACCACUGCAGUUUAG